CAGCUGUUUACGUCAACAAUAACGUUUACUGUAGCUCGUGUGGCAACGAUAGUAUCUAGCGGGCUGAACGAAGAGCGCGGAUGACAGACUGCUAGUUUGGACCUAUGAAAUAAGACGAAAUGGAUGUGAUACUUGGAGGAAUAGAAGGGGGAGCUACACAUUCAAAGAUAGUGCUAUAUAAUGGCCAAGGUGAAAAACUGGCAGAAUGCGGUGGGCCAGGGGUCAACCACUGGCUAUUUGGAAUGGCUGAGUGUGAGAAGCGUAUCAAUGGAAUGGUAGAAGAAGCAAAGGCAGCUGCAAAACUUCCUAUUGAUAAACCUUUGGCAUCUCUGGGAAUGAGCCUCAGUGGUUGUGAACAAGAGGAGACCAAUAAACAGCUGGAAGAUGAGCUCCAUGAACUAUAUCCAAACCUCAGCAGCCACUAUGUUGUCUGUAGUGACACUGUUGGCUCAAUUGCAGCAGCUCAUCGCCAUGGUGGGAUGGUACUGAUAGCUGGAACUGGCUCCAAUGCUCUUCUCUUGAAUCCAGAUGGGACUCAGAGCAGAUGUGGUGGCUGGGGCAACAUGCUGGGUGAUGAAGGAAGCGCAUUCUGGGUGUCCCACAAAGCUGUGAAAAUCUACUUUGAUGAUGAAGAUAAUCUUGCUAAGGCACCAUAUGAUACCUCAAUAGUUUGGCAGACUAUAAAGGACCAUUUCCAAGUCAGUAACAGAUUUGAUCUGCUGGAACACUGCUACUCCAAGUUUCAUAAACCAAAGUUUGCGGCGCUGUGCAAGAAAUUGGCAGAAGAAGCUAAAGCAGGGGAUCCAUUGUGUCUUUGGCUGUUUGAACAGACAGGUCGUGCUCUUGCCACUAUGGUACGAGCACUUGUGCCUGCAGCUCAUAAGGAUCUGUUCUUAGCAGACAGUGGUUUGCCUGUUGUCUGUGUUGGAUCUGUGUGGCUCAGCUGGGACCUGUUGAAGAAUGGAUUUGUAUCACGUCUGCAAGAACCUCCACAAAAUGAGUGUGACCAGCCAGUGUGUGAGCUCUCUCUGCUUAAACUUACCACAAGUAUGGCAGUUGGAGCCACAUACCUGGCAGCUGAUGCUAUUGGCAUUGACAUGCCUAGAGAUUAUCGUCAGAACUACACAGUUUUUUAUCAUUACAAACCUCAGCAACGAUGUGAAUGUGCAGGUUCCUGUAAUAAAUUAUGAGGUGUUGUAGAUACUUAUUUUAGAAAUUGUAUUGCAAGUGUACAACAUUGUAAGCAUCUGGCCAGAAUUGUCAUGAGAAUUUCUUUGCAAAAGUUACCUGUGUUUCAUGUACUACAAUCAUGUGUUGCUACAGAGCAUCACUUUUCACACUUCUGUGAUUCUCACUAGUGCUUGUAUUUUAUUCUAAACAGAUGCUUCUAUUUUUAUCUCCUCCCUCCUUGUUUAGAUGAACUUCGUGUCACUGUAUUUUCAGCUAUGGAGGACUGUUCCAUAUUCCACACAAAAGAUGAAACUGGGUAUUAUGUGAGAUAAUCCACAACAAAAUUUCUUUAAGGAAUGAUAAAAUAACGUUUAAAAUUACUUUUAAUAAAGAUUGAUGUUUUUCUAUACUGUGGUCUCAAAUUCAGAUAGAUCUUGCUGCAGACAGCCAUGUGCAGAUAUGGUGAUUUUCCACUAGCUGAUUAUUCCUAAAAUGUUGUCUGUCAGUUAUUGGAUAUACUCAUCAUCCUUAAAAUGAUUACUUACUUUUUCUAGCCCACCCGGUUAGCCGAGCGGUCUAACACACGGCUUUCCGGAGUGGUAAGGAGCGCCUGGUCCCCGGCAUGAAUCCGCCUGGCGGACUUGUGUCGAGGUC